AUGUUCCCAAAUACUUUACUUCUAAGUAUAGCCAUCAUUGCAGUGGAGGAAAAUGACGCAAGCAAUGCACGGCAGGAUCCUACACAUGACAAUGACCUAAUAAUCAGACUAAAGGCGUUAGCAUCCACAGGCGGGAAGAGUGUCCAGGCAGCUUGUGAUUGGCUGUUUUCACAUGUCGACGACCCCUUCUUGGAUGACCCUCUUCCUCGGGAAUAUGUUCUUUACCUGCGUCCCACUGGACCUUUGGCCAACAAGCUUUUUGAGUACUGGCAUCAGUCACGACAAACGUGUGGCAAAAACAAGGCGCACAACAUCUUCCCCCAUAUCACCCUCUGCCAGUUCUUCAUGUGUGAGGACAGUAAAAUAGAUGGUCUCUGUGAAGCUUUGCAGAACACAGUGAGCCGCUGGAAAGAGACCUUUCCUCUCCCCCUUCCCCUGGAGCUGUACACUUCAUCAAACUUUAUCGGCCUCUUUGUGGAGGAGCAGAGUGCAGAAAUCAUCAAGAAAUUUGCUGCAGAUUUUGCAUCAGAAGCUGCAAGUAAAGCAGAUGUGCAAGUGGAACCCCACAAGAAGCAGCUCCAUGUCACGCUUGCCUAUCAUUUCCAGUCCAAUCACCUGGCCACACUGGAGAAAUUAGCUCGCGGCGUAGACCUGAAGUUGGGCUGUGAUUGGGUAGCUGCCAUUUAUUCUCGCGAUAUUCGAUUUGCUAACCAUGAGACUCUGCGGGUGAUGUACCCAUACACACCUCAGAAUGAUGAUGAGUUGGAAUUGGUGCAGGGCGAUUACAUAUUCAUGUGCCCAAUUGAACAGAGCAGCACAAGUGAGGGCUGGAUCUAUGGCACCUCCCUGGCAACAGGCUGCUCAGGGCUACUUCCAGAGAACUACAUAGCCAAAGCGGAUGAAUCUGAUACAUGGGUCUUCCAUGGCUCUAAUUCAUUUUUAACUGCGACUGCCCCUGCUGGUGCCAGCCAAUGCGACAGAGCUUUUCGGAGGAGAUGCCAGGAGGAGCAGGGACCGGGCGAGGCUCUCUCAUUGCCAACGAAUGUCAUCUGUCAACCGAUGCCAAUGGUGUCCAAAAACUCCCGGACCUGUCCACAGAAGCGGGAUCUGUAUGUCUGUCGGCAUGGGGAGAGGAUGGAUGUGGUUUUUGGAAAACACUGGCUGACUCAGUGCUUCGAUGCAAAAGGUAAUUACAUACGGUCGAAUUUGAAUAUGCCACCGAUUCUACCUCAGAGAAGUGGCGGCUACCGGGACUAUGAGAAAGAUGCUCCCAUCACUGUGUUCGGCUGUGCACAAGCUAGGCUUGUCGGCGAGGCUUUACUGGAGAGUAAAUCAACCAUUGAUUACGUCUACUGCUCACCUUCACUACGCUGUGUGCAGACAGCAUUCAACAUACUGAAAGGACUUCAGCAGGAAAACCAGAUAAAACUUCGGGUGGAACCUGGGCUGUUCGAGUGGACUAAGUGGGUCUCUGGAAAUACCUUGCCAGCAUGGAUGUCAACAGAGGAGCUUGCAGCAGCAAAUCUGGGAACUGAUACAACCUACAGGCCACAUUUUCCUGCGAGCAAACUGGGGAUUUCAGAAUCAUACGAGACUUACAUUAGCAGGAGUUGCCAGGUGAUGAGAGAUAUCCUGGCAGAAUGUAAAGUCAAAGGUAACUGUGUCCUGAUUGUAGCUCAUGCCUCCUCUCUUGAGGCUUGCACUCGGCAGCUCCAGGGUCUUUCUGCACGCAAUUCCAAGGACUUUGUUCAAGUCGUUCGAAAGAUCCCGUAUUUGGGUUUCUGCGCCUGUGAAGAGUUAGAAGAUGCGGGUAUAUGGCAACUGGUAGAUCCUCCCAUACUACCACUCACACAUGGUCCCAAUCACAGUUUUAGCUGGAGGGAAAUUUUACACCAGGACUGAAACUGAGGAAGAGAAGCCCAUCCAUAACUGGAAGAUAGAGCCAUUAAUAGCAUGUGCUUCCACUAACUACAUCAUCUCCUUUCCACAUACUGUACGAGCAGGUUCAUUCCACUGCCACAAUCAGUAUAAUAUAUGAUUCAACUCCCAUCUGAUGCCCUGUAGUUUUAAUUAAUUAGUUGUCUUAUACGCCUGUACAAUACUUUUGUGUUUUGACAGGAAUGUUUUUCAUUCAUCUAAUUAGAUUAUGAAUGAUUUAUAUUACGUUGGUGCCAAAUAUAUUUAGGUAAGGACAUGAUAAAAUUCUGAGGCCUGGUUUGAAUGGAACUUUAGUGAAUAUUUUAAAAUUCAAAUGUAGUUGAGGGAUCUUUUGGUUGCUGUAGGUCUAUAAUAUAUUUUGAAAGGUUUGUGACACAGUUUCACUGGAACCUGUAAUGUACAGGAGUAAUAACUGGGGCAUAGGAUUCUAUACACUUAGCUUCACAGGCAACAAUGGAUGAUUUAAUGCAUUUCAUUAGAGCAAAGAUGACUAGGAUCCCUGCUUCUUACACAUGAAUUCAUGGGAUUUUACUUAUUUCUGAUUCAUGGGCCAGUCAAGUGACUUUUUUUUUUCUCUUCUUUGCUGAUUUAACUGAAGCCAAACAACAAGGUAUUUUGUGAAUUAAAGCCAAAGGAAUGGCUCAUGAGAUAUUACUGAAAUAAAGUCCACAAUCAGAUACUUAAAAUAUAGUGAACUUUCACCCUUAGUUACUAGAUUACAAUUAAGAAGAGAUCCUCUUUAUUGCAUGUAUUGUUUGAGGAAUCUGCCUUAAUGAUUGUCCUGGAAACAUAAUCAUAUGAAAUUUAAUCAGAGAUGCAUUCUGUCAGCAGAGAAUUUUUAAUUCUGGAUUUGGAACAGGGAGCCUACUCUCAAAUGAAAUGUGGUUUACAGACUAGCUACAACACUGAUAGCCUUGAUUCUACCAUUGGUGUUCUGUGCAAGCAGGAUUCUGUACUGGGAGUGCAGGAUCGGGAAUCAGUCCAAAUGUUCUAACUGAGAUCACAUAUUACGGGUGAAGUAUGACUAAAGUAAGCCUUGAAAAUAUGGAGUCAUGCAUCUGAGUCCCCAUCUAAGUCCCCUUCAUAGUUAAUUCCUUAUUCCACUACUUAAAUGUAGGCUUGAUCCUCUCUUCAUUAAGCAGAACUCUUCAAUGUGAACACAUUCAUCUAUCUUGCACUAUGCUUCACGUGCAUAAUUUUAAGGAAGGUAUGUCAUAGCUGAGAGCCUUAUAAUAUGUUUCAUUGACUUUUUCUGACUAAUUUCAAUUUCUGAUGAAUAGCUUUAUUUUCCUCAGGGUAGAGAUUUCCAGCCUGAUUUGUUCCUCAUCUGAAAGGGGAAGGUAAUUUUAGUCUUUAGUAAUUUGUGGUGGGUGUUGCAAAGCAGUCCUCUGUCAUCUCCAUUAUAGAAACAGCUGAAUUUCCAUCCAAAUUGUUUAAAUGGGAUGAAGAGAAAGAUAAGUUUCACACUGGGUGUUCAAAUGCUAACAUGACAUCACCUGGGGGGAGAAUGAUAAAAGUAUCCCCUUGUGAUUUUUAUUUUAGAUACUGCCUAAGUCCUCACAUAGAAAAUUGUUCUGUGAGUUUCUUAAGUAGCACUGAAAGGGUUAAAAAUAGCAAAUGUGAUUUUUUUUUUUGUUUUAUGGGUAUGGGGGAACUAGAGAGAAAUGGUUACCUCUUUGAAAUCUCUGGACAACUUCUUUGAUUCUCAAACCAAAACUGGAUGUUUAUUUGGUGAAAAAUCUUGUGAAAAAUUAAGCUGUUGUGUGUGGAUAUUUGGAUAAUUUGGGAACAUGAUACUGCUAUUUGCACUGAUGCCUCAUAGCACCAAGGACCUAGUUCAAUUCUAGCCUUGGGCGACUGUCUGUCUGGAGUUUGCACAUUCUCCCCGUGUCUGCGUGGGUUUCCU